CGGAAACGGAGGCCGGGCGGCCAUGUCGCCUUUGUCUGCAGCGCGCGCGGCGCUGCGCGUCUACGCGGCGGGCGUGGCGGUGAUGAUGGCGCAGCUGCUGCGUCGCUGUCUCGGGGGCUUCACGGAGCCAGGUCAUCACGCCUGAGAGACUCGGCGGUGGCGGCCCCGGGGGCACCCAGCUCAGACCCGGAGAGACGAUGGAGGCCAAAACCCCCCCGGACCCCAAUGCGCACCCCUCGUCGUCAUCAUCAUCAUCAUCGCCAUCGUCGGACCUCAAGCUGGUGGCGCACCCGCGCGCCAAGAGCAAAGUCUGGAAAUACUUCGGCUUCGACACGGACGCGGCGGGCUGCAUCCUCCAGUGGAAAAAAAUCUACUGCCGCAUCUGCCGGGCCCAGAUCGCCUAUUCGGGCAACACCUCGAACCUUUCCUAUCACCUGGAGAAGAACCACGCGGAGGAGUUCUGCGAGCUGGUCAAGAGCAACACGGAGCAGAUGCGCGAGGCCUUCGCCACCGCCUUCUCCAAGCUCAAGCCGCCGCCGGACACAGCGGGGGCGACGGCACAGCAGCAGCUGACGGCGCAGGACACCAGGCAGCAGGAGCUGACGGCGGCCGUCUUGGGGCUCAUCUGCGAGGGGCUGUACCCCGCAUCCAUCGUGGAGGAGCCCACGUUCCGCGCGCUCCUGCGGGCGGCCGACCCCUGGUACGAGCUGCCCGGGAGGAAAUUCUUCAGCAAAGCCAUCCCCGUGCGCUACGGAGCUGUCCGGGACGCGGUGCUGAAAGACCUCUCCAAGGCCCCCUGGUGCGCCAUCACCUUGGAACACUGGAGAAGCCACCAGCAGAACCGGAACUACGUCACGCUGAACGCCCACUUUCUCAGCCUCGGCGGAGGCGCAGGGGGAGGCGGCGGCGCGCCCCCCAAAGGCCCGUCCCCCGGACCCCCUGGGGUCCACGGUUACGGCUCCCGCUGCCUCAAGACGUUCGAGGUCCCGGAUGAAAACGCCGCGGAGACCAUGACGCGCGUCCUCUACGAAGCCUUCAUCGACUGGGGCGUGGGCGCCAAGGUGUCCGCGGCCACCACCGACGGCGGGAAGGACGUGGCCAAAGCCUGCGCGCUCCUCGACGUGCCCGUGCACCUCCGCUGCCUGGGGUGCGCGUUCGACGCCGCCAUCCAGCGCGCGUUGCAGCUGCCCAAGCUGCGCGCGCUGCUGGCGCGGUGCCGGCGGCUCGUGGAGUAUUUCCAACAGUCGCCCGUGGCCAGGUACCUGCUGUUGGAGAAGCAGAAGCAGCAGCAGCAGCCGCAGCAGCCGCACUGCAUGCUGGUAAGCGACCGCGUCGCCUGGUGGGGCGCCACGCUGGCCAUGCUGACGCGCCUCAGGGAGCAGCAGUUCGCCGUGGCCGCGGUGCUGGUGGAAGACAGCAACAGCCACCACCUCAUGCUGGACGCGGCCGAGUGGGCCGGCAUCGAGGCGCUCGCGGGCCUCCUGCAGCCCUUCAAGCAGGUGGCCGACAUGCUCUGCGCCUCCCGGUACCCCACCAUCAGCAUGGUCAAGCCUCUCUUGCACAUGCUGCUCAACACCACGCUCAGCGCCCGAGAGCUGGACUCCAAGGAGGUCAGCAUGGCCAAGGAGCUCAUCGCCCAGGAGCUGGCGCGCACCUACCAGGAGGCGCCCGAUGUGGACAUGUUCCUCAACGUCGCCACCUUCUUGGACCCGCGCUACAAGAAGCUCCCGUUCCUGUCCGCCUUGGAGAGGCAGCAGGUGGAGAGCCGCGUGUUGGAGGAAGCCAAGGGCCUCCUGGAAAAGAUGAAGGAAGGCGGGCAUCAGGGCGCGGAGGAGCAGCUGUACGGGUCGCCCGAGGAGCCCCCUGAAAAGAAACCCGCGCCCCCGUGCGCCACAGCCCCGAGCGCCCCGCCUCCGUGCGCCAUGCCUCCGUGCGCCAUGACGCAGCCGCCGCCGCCGCCCUCCAGCGUCAUCAACAACAUGUUGGCGGAGAUUUUCUGCCCGCAGGCGGGGGCCGCGGAGGACCAGGAGGAGAGGCACGCGCAGGUGCUGGAGGAACUAAGCAACUUCAAGUCGCAGAAGGUCUUGGGGCUCGACGAGGACCCCCUGAAGUGGUGGUGCGAGCGCCAGGCGCUGUUCCCGGUGCUGCCCAAGGUCCUGCAGAAAUACUGGUGCGUCGCGCCCACGUGCGCGCCCCCGGAGCACCUCUUCGGACCCGCGGCCGCCGUGGUGCGCGCCAAGCGGAACCGCCUGGCCCCCGCGCGCGUGGACGAGCAGGUGUUUCUGUACGAGAACGCGCGUGGCAGUGGCGGCGGGGCGGAGCCGGAGCCCGAGGAGGAGGACGAGGGGGAGUGGGGGCUGGACCACGAGCCGGUGGUGACGUUUGGGGAUGCGGUGAACAGCGGGUUCUUUGGGGGCCGUGACAGCGGCUUGGUGUAGCCACAGGGGAACGGAGGGGAGGCGGUAUUGGGGGGUCACGCUUUGAUAUAAAUACAGACUCCCUCUCCCCCCAAAGCCGGCUGGCGUGGCUCAAGCAUUGAGCCAGGAACCCAGGGGUCCCCAGUUCCAUUCCCGGUUAAGGGCGCAUGGCCUGGUUGUGCGCUCCAUCCCCAGUGGGGGGCGUGUGGGAGGCAGCCGGCCCAUGAUUCUCUCUCCUCAUGGAUGUUUCUCUCUCUCUCUCUCUCCCCCUCUCCCUUCCUCUGUGAAAUCAAUAAAAAUAUUUAAACAAAACAAGACGGUAUACAGAUGAUGUGUCCUGGGACUGUGCCUCUAAAACCUGAAUAAUUUUCUUGGCCAGUGUCACCCCCAAUACGUUCAAUAAAAUGGAAAAGGAUUUUUGAAAGUA